AUGCCAUGUUCUAAAAAGUCUCGGUCUAGGCGGCCGAAGUCACUGUCACAUUCUCGUAUCCCAACAUUAAAAGCAAAAAGCACCGGCUUAUCAUCCAAAGCAACGCGGAAUCUCAUCCGGUCUCAUCACCGACUCAUGAAACAGCGAGCGCAAGCUUUGAAUUCGGGUAAUCAAUCUCUUGUCAAUGACAUCGACAAGCAAAUCCAGGAGAAUGGGGGUUUGGAAAGCUAUCAACUUGCUAGCAAACUUGGGCAAUCAUCUGAUCGUGGAGGUGACUCCAGUAAAGUCUUAAUUGAUUGGAUUGGCGCUACACUGGGUCAAUUCAAAAACACCUCUGCCAAACUUCGGCUAUUAGAGGUAGGGGCUCUUAGUACUCGGAAUGCCUGCUCCUUGGUACAAAGCUUAGAUGUUACAAGAAUCGACUUGAACUCGCAGGAAGCUGGAAUACAACAACAAGACUUUAUGGAGAGACCUAUUCCUCAAUGCGAAUCCGACCGUUUUCAUUUGAUUAGCCUUUCCUUGGUGCUGAAUUAUGUUCCAGAUGCUACGGCUCGAGGAAAUAUGCUGACGCGCUGCGUAUCAUUCUUGACAAACGUGCUUCCACCUCAAGCCCCCACUGCCUUUACGCCAUGCGUUUUUCUUGUUCUGCCUGUCGCAUGUGUGGAUAAUUCUCGGUACCUUACGGAAGCUAGAUUGCAAGAGAUCAUGUCGAGCUUGGGAUUUCUGUUGAAGAAUAGCAAGAAGACCAAUAAGCUGGUUUAUCAAUUAUGGGAAUACCACGGCAAUCCUUCACCAAAACCCUUUAAGAAGGAACUUCUAAGUCCGGGAGGCUCGAAAAACAACUUUGCCAUCAUUGUUCGUCGCGAUUAG